AUGGAUGGAGAAAAGAGCUUUGGUCAAUUGUCCUUCUAUUGCAAUUCUAAACUUUAUCAGAAUUAUGAAAAACAAUUCGGCUAUGAUAAUCAAGGAUACUUCAACAAUGAUGGGGACAUGCUAACUAUUUUGGAACACCGUCCUGCAUGUGCAGGUUUUGCCAAAAAGGCUGUUGAUUGUGGUGCUACAACAAUAAAAGCUGCAGUAGACCUAAAUUUUCAAGGUCGAUCAGAUAUUUAUCUUGAUGUAUGUAAAAUUAAAUCUCCAUCAAGUCUAUCCAGGAAUACAGAGAAACAAGAAUUAUUGAUGAAAUACACCCUGGAUGUUGUCAAAGAUUACCUACCACCAUAUUAUAUACAUGAUUAUUUAGAUUUCUAA